GGUCAUGUAAUGGGGUUCGGGUGAGCACCCUAACUGCUGCAUUCUGAAGUGCAUUGCGGCUCUUGAAAUAUUGAGUUUCUUGCCGCAUUCGAAAAAAAAUGUCUCUACUUGUGUUUUGGUUGCCGACCCCUGCACUACGCGAACUCUGGUCUCUUUCACGGUCGAGGGUCCCUAUGACGGAUGCAUUCAAUUUGUGAAGCAACAUUAACUUUUUCCCCGUUAUAGCUCGUACAAUAUUUAAUCUUGAGCCACCGUUUCGCAGCCUCGUUCAGUAAGAGGCCGGAUUAUCUCGAGUUAUUCCGGCCAUCUGUGCGUCGACCCAACUAACGCCCCUCUUCAUACCCUCUGCGCAAGUCGCGUUUCCUUUUUGAGCUGUCACUCAAAGCGUGCGUUCUCUUCAGUAUUCUCGCCAUGCACUGCCACGGCGGCUCUUGAAUCCAACAUCCUCGCCACAUCGGUCUUCGCGGCAGAUGAAAACUCUCCAUAUCAAUCGUUCAGCACAUUCACAUCCUGCUUAGCCGACAGCGGCUUAGGUUCGCAACAGCCAACGGGUGCGUUGCAAGGCUGGGCUCGGUGAGAAAUUAAGCAUCGAAGUAAAGCCACUCUCGAGCGGGAUGAUGAAGUAAGGCGACGGGACACAACGACAGCGCCGAGACCCGGGAGAAUACUGCGAACUACAGAGGAGAGACAAUGCCGGUUCGUAGGAAGAAACCCCGGGGCCCUGCCAAAGGAACGGACAUCGGACAUGGAAUCGAACCGAUCUGCUUACAACCAGACGACGGCCAGCAACGGCCUCAUCUACAUGGCUUGUCCGUUCCGCGAACCGGAGAGCUCCAGGCCCCAGGUGUUUCGCCUCCUUCCUCGUCAUCUACGUCACGGCCGUGGUGGGCAACCUGCUGCUGUGCCUGGUCAUCUACCGCGAGGAGAGCCUCCACAAGCCCAUGUUCAUCCUGCUCGCCAACCUGGCCGCGGGCGACCUCAUCGGCAGCACCACGACGCUGCCGAGAAUCAUGAACGACCUCAUGUUCUCCAACUACAUCUCCAUCCCCGCCUGCUUCACGCAGAUGUUCUUCCUCCAUUUCUACAUCGGGUUCGAGUGCUUCGUUCUCACCAGCAUGGCCGUGGACCGCUACCUCGCCAUCUGCCACCCGCUGCGUUACCACUCGCUCAUGAGCAACGCCCGCGCGGCGAAGCUCAGCCUCUUCAUGGUGCUCGUGAUCGCCCUGCUCGUGUUCGGCCUCAUCGGCCUCACGGUCCGCCUGACGUUCUGCAAGCCCCGCGUGGUCUUCAUGCCGCACUGCGACCACAUGUCGUUCGUGAAGAUGGCCUGCGACGACACGUCGGCCAACAACGUCUACGGCAUAUUCAUCACGGUGCUGAUCAUGGGCUUCGGUCUGGCGCUCAUCGUGAUGUCGUACGCGUGCAUCCUGUACGAGUGCUGCAAGUCGAGCGUGCGCAACAGCCAGCAGAAGGCCAUCUACACGUGCGUCACGCACCUGUUCGUGCUCGUCAUAUUCUAUUCCUCCACCAUGCUGCAGAUCGUGCAGCACCGCCUCGCGCAGUACAACGUCGUCUCGGACGAGGUGCGCGCCUACCUCAUCGUGCUCUUCUACAUCGUGCCGCCGCCCGCCAACCCCAUCAUCUACGGCCUGCGCACCGCCGAGAUCCGCCACGGCAUCGUGAAGCUGUUCCGCAGGAAGGUCGAGCCGGCGAUGUCGUAGACGCCGGCAGAUUUGGG